AUGCUCUUCGAACAAGACGGAAAGCUCGUCUACCGCUACGGCGGCGAGACGGUCGUCGUCGAGGCGUGGCACGACAAUGCGCUCCGCGUGCGCUCCACCAUGUACCCCAAGCUGCCGGACGAGGACUGGGCGCUGAGCCAGCCGCGUCCCGCGCAUGCCGCCGCGCCCGUCGUCCGCGUCGACGGCGCCGCGGGCAGCAAGGCCGGCGGUACGAUCACCAACGGCAAGAUCAAGGCCACCGUCUCGGCGAGCGGAAAGCUCAUCGUCACCGACGCGCGCACAGGCAAGGUGCUGCUGGAGGAGUACCAGCGUCGGCGCGACGACCCGACGGACCCCAAGGCCAGCGCCAUCCUGGUCGACGCGCGCGAGUUUGCGCCCAUCGCCGGCGGCGACUUUGCCGUGACGGCGCGCUUCGAGUCGCAGGACGUCGAUGAGCGCAUCUACGGCAUGGGCCAGUACCAGCAGCCCAACCUGGACCUCAAGGGGUGCGACCUCGAGCUGGCGCAGCGCAACUCGCAGGCCAGCGUGCCCUUUGCCCUCUCGAGCCGCGGCUACGGCUUCCUCUGGAACAGCCCCUCGGUCGGGCGCGCCGUCUUUGGGCGCAACGUCAUGUCGUUCGAGUCGCGCAGCUCGCGCGCCCUCGACUACUGGGUCGUCGCCGGAGACUCGCCGCGCGACAUCGCACAGGCCUACGCCGCCGCCACGGGCACCGUCCCCAUGAUGCCCGAGUACGGACUCGGCUUCUGGCAGUGCAAGCUGCGCUACCAGACGCAGCAAGAGCUGCUGGAGGUGGCGCGCAAGCACCGCGGCCUCGGGCUGCCCAUGGACGUUAUCGUCGUCGACUUUUUCCACUGGCCGACGCAGGGCGACUGGCGGUUCGACCCGACCUACUUCCCGGACCCCAAGGCCAUGGUCGACGAGCUGCGGGAGAUGGGCGUCGAGCUCAUGGUGAGCAUCUGGCCCACGAUCGACGUGCGCUCCGAGAGCUACGCCGAGAUGCGCGAGCGCGGCCUGCUGGUGCGCGCCGAGCGCGGCAUCGCGACGCAGCUCGACUUUUGCGGCCAGACGCAGAUGGCCGAUUUCACGUCGCCCGAGGCGCGGCGGUACGUGUGGGCCAAGUGCAAGCGCAACUACGCCGACCUGGGCGUCAAGGUCUUCUGGCUCGACGAGGCCGAGCCCGAGUACGCCGUCUACUCGUUUGACAACUACCGCUACCACGACGGCCCGCUGCUGGCCGUGGGCAACCGGUACCCGGUGUGCUACUCGCAGGCGUUUUACGAGGGCCAGCAGGCCGAGGGGCAGCGCGACGUCGUCAACCUGGUGCGGUGCGCCUGGGCGGGCUCGCAGCGGUACGGCUCGCUGGUCUGGAGUGGAGACAUUGCCUCCUCGUGGGGCAGCUUCCGCAACCAGCUGGCGGCGGGGCUCAACAUGGGCAUGGCGGGCAUCCCGUGGUGGACGACCGACGCCGGUGGCUUCCACGGCGGCGAUCCCAACGACGAGGGGUUCCGGGAGCUGCUGGUGCGCUGGUUCCAGUGGGCGGCCUUCUGCCCCGUGAUGCGGCUGCACGGCGACCGGGAGCCAAAGCAGCCGCAGUACGGCACGACGGGCGGCGCCGAGUGCCUCAGCGGCGCGCCCAACGAGGUGUGGAGCUACGGCGAGGCCAACUUUGUCAUCCUCAAAAAGUACCUCUUGAUCCGCGAGGCGCUGCGCGACUAUACGCGCGAGCUCAUGAGGCAGGCGCACGAGAGGGGCUGGCCGGUGAUGCGCACCUGCUUCUUUGAGUUCCCGGACGACGCCGAGGCGUGGAAGGUCGAGGACGCGUACAUGUACGGCCACCGCUUCCUCGUCGCGCCCAUCCUCGAGGCGGGACAGACCAAGCGUCGCGUCUACCUCCCGGCGGGCGCCAGGUGGAAGCGCUUCCGAGGCGGUGCGGCCCAGAGCGAGGCCGAGGAUGGCGGCGAGGCCUGGCACGGAGGAGAGACGGUCGAGGUCGACGCGCCCAUCGACGACAUGCCCGUGUUUGAGCGGCUGCCGUAG